GAAUCUGCUUCCGCGAAUAAGAAAUUGAAUGACAAAGCUGUGCAAAACAGCGGCGCUAGCAAAGAAGGCUAGAUAGCUAACCCAUCAAAUACAUGUCUCACUCGUCCAGAAUAGCUUGUCUAAUAUUUAUUCAGAUCCAUAACGAUGCGCGGCUUAUACAAUUGUAAACGAGGUUGUUUAAGAUUGAGUAAAUGUCUGCUAGCCAGUUAAGGCGGGGCGUACUGUACAAAUCUAACUUUAGUGGAAUUCCAGCUUCACAGCCAUCAUCGACGACGUAAAUAACAAACAAACAAUAUUUAACAUAGCUAAAUAUCAGCAGCAUGGACACGAAUGUGCAGAAGAGACGUGAGAACAAGAAAUCACUGCGUGUAAAAGUGAUCAGCCUUGGCAAUGCCGAAGUGGGCAAGAGCUGCAUCAUCAAGCGAUACUGUGAGAAGAGGUUUGUGCCCAAGUACCUGGCCACCAUAGGGAUUGACUAUGGGGUCACCAAAGUCCAGGUGCGUGACAGGGAGAUCAAAGUGAACAUCUUUGACAUGGCAGGACACCCCUUCUUCUACGAGGUUCGUAAUGAGUUCUAUAAGGACAGCCAGGGAGUGGUGUUGGUGUACGAUGUAGGUCUGAGGGAGAGUUUUGAUGCGCUGGACAACUGGCUGGGUGAGAUGAAACAGGAGAUGGGCUCCCAGGCUAACAUGGAGAGCAUCGUUUUUGUCGUCUGUGCCAACAAGGUGGACCUGACUAAGCGUCGUGUGGUAGACGAGGGAGAGGGCAGGCUGUGGGCGGAGUCUAGAGGGUUCCACUACUUUGAGACGUCAGCACAGAGCGGAGAGGGCAUCAGUGAGAUGUUCCAGGCGUUUUUCUCCUCCAUAACGGACAUGUGUGAGAACGGCGGGAAGCGCCCGGUGGCAGAGGUCAGUGUCGGCUUCACCAAGGAGCAGGCCGACACCAUACGACGCAUACGCAACAGCAAGGACUCCUGGGAUAUGCUGGGGGUCAAACCUGGAGCCACACGGGAAGAGGUUAACAAGGCGUACAGGAAGCUGGCAGUGCUGCUCCAUCCGGAUAAGUGCGUUGCCCCGGGCAGCGAGGAUGCUUUCAAGGCCGUGGUGAACGCUCGCACCUCCCUGCUCAAGAACAUCAAGUAGACGCCAGCUAGGGACUGCUCACCCUGACCACUGACCCCUGACCGCUCGCCAUGUUUCCUCCUCUAAUACCACCCCACCUUCAGAACAUCAUCAGCUUCUCUACCCCCUCCCAAACCCCAAAACCAACCCUUCCCCCUUCUCUACCCCCUCCCAAACCCAAAACCAACCCUUCCCCCUUCUCUACCCCCUCCCAAACCCAAAACCAACCCUUCCCCCCUCUCUGCCCCCUCCCAAACCCCAAAACCAACCCUUCCCCCUUCUCUACCCCCUCCCAAACCUCAAAACCAACCCUUCCCCCUUCUCUACCCCCUCCCAAAACCAACCCUUCCCCCUUCUCUGCUCUCCAUCCCUCCGACCCCAUCUCCCCCUCCUCUCACACCAGAUGCCAUGACAUUUUUGCUACAACAGAGUUAGAUAAAUUCACUACUGAUGAUGUGCCACAGCCACUCAGUCUCUCUGUACGGAAGACUAUCAAUGCUUUACACUGUAGUCUUUCAGACACUUGAGAGAGAGAGAGAGAGAGAAGUCACUGGAAGACCGGGUGUGUCAUCUGCUUGGUCAGUUGUGUUUUCUCUGGUCCAGAGCCUUCACGCGGCUUGUUGACCUCUCCUGUGUUAAGGCUCAGCAUCAGCAAGACACACGUAAUGCCCUGGACAAGAGCUAUAUAUGUGUAAACAUGAAUGGUAGGUUGUGGUAAAGGGAUGGUUAUCGUAAAGGGGUGGUUAUCGUAAAGGGGUGGUUAUCGUAAAGGGGUGGUUAUCGUAAAGGGGUGGUUAUCGUAAAGGGGUGGUUAUCGUAAAGGGGUGGUUAUCGUAAAGGGGUGGUUAUCGUAAAGGGGUGGUUGUCGUAAAGGGGUGGUUGUCGUA